CUCCAAACGAAUUUGAAGAGACCAACAUAAUAUCUCCUGAAUUAAGUAAAAGUUAUUGAAAAAUCUAAGGCGUCAUCUUCAUCGCGUUUAUAGGUGCAUUGAUCAACUCAGCUUCCAAGCAAAUCGUCAUGGCUUAUACACACUCCUCGGCAACCGCAGAUCUUCGUGUAUCGAAGCUAUUCGACUUCAGCAAUCAUGUAGUGCUUGUGACGGGUGGUUCGACUGGCUUGGGCGAGAUGGCUGCUCAAGGCUUUGUUCAGAACGGUGCACGAGUCUUCAUCGCAAGUCGGAAGGAAUCAGAGCUGAAGAAGACUUCCGACCGUCUUAACAAGCUUGGCCCGGGCACCUGCGAGUAUAUCGUCGCAGACCUCAAGGACAAGGCGGGUUGCAUCAAGCUCUGCGACGAACUGAAGAAACGGACCGACCGGUUGACAGUGCUCGUCAACAACUCCGGAGCUACUUGGGGAGGCCCCUAUCACGACUUCCCGGAAAGCGGGUGGGACAAGCUGAUGGCUUUGAACGUCAAGGCCAUCUUUUACGUCACUGUUGGCUGCCACGAGCUGCUGCUGAAGGGGGCGACGGCAAGGAACCCUUCCCGGGUGAUCAACAUUGCGUCUAUGGCUGGGAUUCAAACGAUGGACGUGACCACCGGCAAGGGAGGUGGACUAUCGGCACCUGGCGAUGGCACAUUCUCGUACGGUCCCUCGAAGGCGGCUUGUAUCCACCUUACACGGCUCCAGGCCUCCAAACUUAUGCCUGACCAUAUCACCGUCAACGCUAUCUGCCCUGGCGUUUUCCCAAGCAGGAUGACAAACUUCGGUCUUUCAAACUAUGACAAGCUGCUGAACGCCUCUCAGCCCAGUGGUCGCAUUGGUGUUCCAGAGGACUUCGCUGGCACUGUUUUAUACUUAAGCAGCGCAGCAGCAGCCCACCUAACUGGCAACGCUCUUGAACUUGAUGGUGGCUCGACACGAAGCGGCCUCAAGGGCAAGGCGAGAAGUCUCGGUGACAGUGGGAAGUUAUGAGCGUUAAAUACUGAAAUGGUGGGGGAAAACUGUACAGUGCACAUCUAGUCAAGUUAUUCUUAAUUUUAAAAAGCGUCAGAAUCAGU